AUGAAGAGAAUCUUAUUUUUUUCUUUGAAAAAGAUAUGCAGAGAGUGUUUUUAUGCGGUGUUUGAAGAUGAAAUACACAAAGUAAUAGUAGAGAACCAAAUUUUCAAGCCCGGAGAGCGUAUUGCAAUCGGAGCUUCUGGAGGAAAAGAUUCCACGGUGCUUGCUUAUGUAUUGUCAGAAUUGAAUCGUAGACAUAAUUAUGGCCUGGAUCUCUUCCUCCUUUCAGUUGAUGAAGGAAUCACUGGUUAUAGGGACGACUCGCUCGAAACUGUUAAAAGAAAUGAAAUCCAGUAUGGACUUCCUCUGAAAGUUGUUUCGUAUAAAGAGUUGUAUGGAUGGACAAUGGAUGAGAUAGUGAAGUUGAUUGGUUUGAAGAAUAAUUGCACAUUCUGUGGUGUAUUUCGUCGCCAGGCCCUUGAUCGAGGUGCUGCGCUGUUGAAAGUUGACAAGCUAGUUACUGGGCACAACGCGGAUGAUAUUGCUGAAACUGUCCUCUUGAACAUAUUACGAGGUGACAUUGCUAGGCUGAGUAGAUGCACAUCAAUAACCACUGGGGAAGAUGGACCAAUUCCGAGAUGCAAGCCAUUUAAGUACACCUACGAGAAGGAAAUUGUGAUGUAUGCAUACUUUAAAAGACUGGAUUACUUCUCUACCGAAUGCAUAUACUCCCCAAAUGCUUACCGUGGAUUUGUUCGGGAGUUCAUUAAAGAUUUGGAGAGGAUAAGACCAAGAGCUAUACUUGACAUUAUCAAAUCAGGUGAAGAUUUCAGGAUCUCUGCUUCUACAAAAAUGCCAGAACAGGGAAAUUGUGAAAGAUGUGGUUACAUUUCAAGCCAGAAAUGGUGUAAGGCAUGCGUUUUGCUGGAGGGUCUGAAUCGAGGUUUGCCCAAGCUGGGUAUUGGGCGUAGCCGGGUCCUCAGUAAUGAACCAAAUAAAGAUACAAAACAAACUAAUGGAACAAAGAAUAUGCAGAGCAAACAAUGUGGAACACUGGACUUCUGAUGUAAGGUCAGAGAUUCAGUAGUUAGUUGAAAGGGAUCAAGUCCUCGUUCAGAGCCAGUUAGUCGCUCCAAUACGUAAUAGUAUGCACACCUGGUGAUCCGGGUUGGUGUGUUUCUGUAUUAAGUUAGGGAAUCUUAUUCUGUUGCUGCAACCAAUUUGAAAGUUGUGAUGUGGUGGUAAAUCUUGAGUAUUUAUUGUAUUUCUGGCAAAAUUUUGUUCUUGGAGCAUCUCUAAUGCAUUCCAUUCUCAAUUCGAUUUACGUGGCAUUGAUGUCCCGUGAAUAAAUUGUUA